AUGAAGCUUUUCGAUCUUGUAGAUCACGAUGAGCCACGUAUCUCAAAGUUGAUCCGCGAUGAAUACGAGGGGGCGAAAAGAUCCCUCCUCAAGAGUGGAUGUCAGCCAACAAUCAAGGACGACACGAGGCUCCUCGUGGUCCACGACGAGACGCAGCUUCUUGGCGAUGCACUCAAUGGCUCCUUCCAGUCUAUGUCGUCAUCAGACGACUCUUCUUCAAAGACGGCAGAUGAGCUCAUCCUCAACAACCCCAAGACCGCUUGCUCAAUACACACGGCCCUGCAGCAGACGCAAGCUGGACCCUCUGCAUCAACAUUUCGCCGCGCAGUGGGAAGACCACCAAAAUCAAGACAAGGACAAGCACCCAGAGCUAGUUCAGCUCGGAAUGCCCAGCGUGAAGAUCAUCCCCUACUUGCCACCGGAGGUUCUUGGACUCACAGAUCGGCCACGGACGGUGUAGCUCCACAUGCGACGACCACAUUAUCCAGUUCAGUUACGACCUUGUCCAAGGAGAAGGCCACUGACUACCAAGUCCGUUUGAACCUGCACAGCCAAUCGUUGACCCACAAGGUUCCUGUCGAGCUUGAGGACAGCCCCGAGCUGUCUCCCCCUCCCUUCUUUCAGCCAACCGCUAUGAUCGAGGAAUCUGAUGAUGAGGAACGACUCGUGCGCAACACCCGCAAAAACAGAUCAAUGCAGGGACUUGAUUACGGAUCGCACGCUUUGGGCGACCCCGUACUCCCAUAUAACGACAUUUGCGACUUUGAUCCAAGAUGCACACUAUGA